AUGCCGCAAACCUCCAUCCAGACGCGCAGUACAGCCAACCAGUCCUGGUCCGACUACCUCGUCUCCACAUAUUCCUCCUCCAUCUCACCCACCCACGAUCCGGACCGAUACGCCCCCAGCGCCACGCCUAUCACAUCGCCCACCUCGCCUAAGUCCAUGUCCAUGGACGCCUCAUCUCCCUCCUCCAAAAUCUCCCCUUGGGGGCCCUACACCAAAUCCGGCCGCGGUGGCGCCGGCAACUUCACCUGGCAAGCCUCCUCCUCCUCCUCCUCCUCCCAAUCCCCCCCCUCCAGCGCCACCUCUGCCAAUAACCCCGAUCUCGAAUCCGGCAUACCAACCCAUCACCAAAGGAUUCUACAGCCUUGGCAGCUGGAAGCACUGCCUAUUUGCUAA